AUGGAUCCCUUGCCGUCAUCGCUCUCCGCCGCUCCACCCACCACCACCACCACGACGGCGGGAGCACCACCUCCACAACCACCCCAAAUCAACUACCCAGACUCCGUGGAUUCAUCCCCUCGCUCCCGCAACACCAACUCCUGGGACGAUCCGCCCCCACCGCUCCCCCAACUACCAAAGCUCCGCCUCAUGUGCAGUUAUGGCGGACACAUAGUCCCCCGUCCCACCGACAAGUCUCUCUGCUAUAUCGGUGGAGACACCCGCAUCAUCGUCAUUGACCGCCACACCAGCCUCUCCGACCUCCACAACCGCCUUUCCAAAGCCCUUCUUAACAACCAGCCUUUUACGUUGAAGUACCAGCUCCCGAACGAGGAGUUGGAUUCUUUAAUCUCUGUCACUACUGAUGAAGAUCUUGAGAACAUGGUUGAAGAGUACGACCGCCUCUGCAAUUCGAGUGCGUUGAAACCUGGCCGCCUUCGCCUGUUUUUGUUUCUCAAAAGUUCGAAUAUUGAGCAGCUUCUUGUUGAAACUUCGUCUACUAAAUCAGAUGACUGGUUUCUAAAUGCGUUAAACGGGAAGGAUAUUAGUAUGCCUGCAUCUGCAAAGGAUUGCGGGUUUCCAGAAUCCUCUUCGGUCAAUUCUCUACUUGACUUUGAUGACGAAUCUGUAGAUAAGGAGGCCAACACAAGGAAAUAUGUGGAAUCCCAAAUGGAAUCAUCAAAGAAUGAUGGAAAUGGGAACGGGACUACUGUUAAUCACGAUGUGCAUUCGGUCCCGGAUUCUCCUAUGCUGGAAGCCAAUUCUUCCUUUGAGUCUGCUUCUAGCUCUCCAUUGGUGGCGAACCUGCGGCCAAUAAGGGUACGUGCGGAGCAGAAUCAGAGGGCAGGAAAAUUGGGAAUCGAGGAUCAGUUUCAGCAGAGCGUUGCGGUUGUGGGGGUUGGUGGAAAUGUUAAUUUGCCUCAGAAGCAGGAGGAAGGGAGUUUCGUGCCAAUGGAUGUGGCAGCUGGAACGGUGGUAUCAGGAGUUCCAGUGGUGGCAGGUGGCGGUGGGGAGUAUGGAAAUAGAACUUUCUCCGACGAUGAUAGAUCAGAUCAUAGUGGGUAUAGAAGAGCACAACAAGCACAACAACAGGCACAGGUGCAGUUACAACAGCAGCAGCCUCCUCAAUUUCAGCAGAAACAAGCAGGUUCUAUCGAUUUGCCUUCCCCAGAUUCAGUUUCAAGUGAAGGAAGUCUAAACAAUCCAUUAUCUAGGCAGAGACCAACUAUUUAUCAAGAAUCAAUGAUGCAAAUUCAGCCUGGUAACUAUAGAAUUGUUUCUGCUAAUCAAGUUGAUCCAAAGACUGGGGAUCAAAACCCUAGCAGGGUUCAAAUGCAUCCACAAGUUCAGGAACAACCUGGUUAUGUAUUGUCAAGCCAGUUUGACCAAAAUCAUCCUCAAUUACAUCAAAUGCAACAUUUUGUUCAUGCUGGUACUCAGUAUAUCCCUGCUGGAGCAAUGCCAACUCCAUCGUAUUAUCCUGUGUAUCCUUCACAGCAACAGCAACAGCAACAGCAGCAGCAGCAGCAGCCCCAUCAUCCUGUUCCUGAGCAGCAGUACCCAUUCUACUUUGUGCCUGGUCGACCAGCCCAAGGUUAUCAUGUGCCGAUGCAGCAAUUGAAUUAUAGUGAAUCCAUGUCAGCUGCCACUUCUACCCGUCCCCAAACUCCUCCUUCUGGAUCUAUGGCCCCUUCUUCGGCUCACAAUCAGGCAAGAAAUGCUCCUGGAUCCGAACAUGAAAUGGCUGCUGGUGUGUACAGAACGGCAGCUCAUCAGCAGUUAGUCCAGGAUCCUUCCAGCCAGCAACAGGCACAGUAUACUGGUUUCACUCAAAUUCAUUAUCCCUCUCAAUCGAUGGCUCCCCCUUCAGCUGCCAAUUCUAAUUAUGCUUAUGAAUUUGCUGACCCUUCACGAGCCCAAAUAUACUACACUCAGCCUCUGCCACCUCAGUUCGCUGCUCAGUACCAGUCCAUGGCAUCCGCCCCGGCCGGGACGUCACCUGAAGUGUCUACACCGCAGUCCAUGCCGCUUCCCACGGACUACAAAGCAUCAAGUUAG